CAGCAUAGAUCUGAGAUACCAGUCAUUAAAGCCACUACGAGCUUCCGGACUAUAACUGUCUUAGCAGCCUCCAUCUCGCGUCAACUUUGUUUGGUUUUAACUUCCAUAUCAUCCUGGGAAUCACACUUAGAAUCAACGAGUCCAAUCUUCAUCUCAUUUCAAAAUGGCAACCACCGAGAGAAAACCACUGAACUUGGUUCUCGGAGCCGGAAACAUUGGUGAUGCUUCCAUCGACCCCUCGGCCCGCUUUGACACCUCGGAUCAGGUGAAUGCUUUCUUAAACGCCUUCUUAGAGCGCGGCUACUACCAGAUCGACACGGCGCGAGCGUAUUCGCCCAGUGCUCCAGGAACCUCGGAACCUCGACUUGGAGCGGUCGCUGCGGGAGCUCGUUCCACCAUCGACACUAAAGUCACUUCCAAAGAGCCCGGCAGCCACACAAAGGCAAAGAUCCUCGAGGAAAUUGACAAGUCCCUUGAGGAUCUGCAGAUCAAACAGAUCAAUAUCGAGUACCUGCAUGCGCCGGACCGGGCCACGCCAUUCGAGGAAGCAUGCGAGGCCAUGGACCAAGCCCACAGGGAGGGCAAAAUCAAGAAAUGGGGCCUCUCGAAUUACAGGGCCGACGAGGUCCAGAGCUUCCUCGACAUCUGCGAGGCACGAGGCUGGGUCAAGCCCAGCGUCUACCAAGGCCACUAUAACGCCAUUGUGCGCGGCAGCGAGAAGCAUCUGUUCCCCGUCUUGCGCAAGCACGGCAUAGCCUAUUACGCCUACAGCCCUGCAGGUGGCGGCUUUUUUGCUGGCAACCACAAGAAUCCGGCCGCGGGAGGGCGCUUCGACAAAUCGCAUUUCGUAGGCGGCAUGUACAGCCAGCUCUACCUCAAGCCUGCCAUCACGGCGGCCACUAAUAAGGCCAUCGACUUGGCUGCCCAGCACGGCAUCGGCGGCCACGCAGCGGCGCUUCGCUGGACGGCGCACCACAGUAUCCUGAGCGCCGAGCACGGGGACUCCGUCAUCGUGGGUGCUAGCAGUGUGGAGCAGCUGAAGGCCAACCUCGAUAUAAUCGAGCAGGGCCCACUGCCGCAGGACGUUGUAUCUGCGGUCGAGGCAAUCUACGCUGAAGUUGGGGAUGAGGUGCCAUACCAUUUUUAGUGCCUUGACAAGAGUAGUUGGGCGUGAAUGUAAGAUGAAAUCAAGGCAGUCUGACCCUCACACCUUUGCCGCCCUGGGAGCUCUCUUUGAUAUCUUUUAUUUUAAACUUCUGCUACCUUGCCUAGCUAAGUCAGCUUCGCUUACACGACAAUCGUUCGUCGUACUAUUAAGAUCGGCUUGUAGUUACAACGUUUGAUUGAUGAACUUAACUGAUGCCCUCUGUCUCACUGCCGCCCUAGUAGGGUAACAGACCUGAUUGUUGAAUGCUUAGUAAU